AUGGACGCCCUGUGCGGCUCCAAGUUCUGGGUAAGGAGCGGGGCUCUGGGGCUGGGAAAGCUGGGGGCCGUAUGGUCCGGCCGCCUGCCUUCCCGCGGAGGCCGGACAGUGCCCGGGACAGCAGGCGCUCACCUCGCGGAGCCCCCUGAAACGGCCCGGGAUGCCGAGGCUGGGGCGCAGAGGCGCCUGGAGGGGGACUCCAAUCUGUCCUUGCACACAGACAACCCUGACCUCACGCCCUGCUUCCAGAACUCUCUGCUGGCCUGGGCGCCCUGUAUCUACCUGUGGGUGACCCUGCCCUGUUACCUGUUCUACCUGCGGCACCAUGGUCAUGGCUAUAUCGUCCUUUCCCACCUUUGCAGGCUCAAGACAGUCCUUGGUGCCCUGCUAUGGUGUGUCUCCUGGGCUGACCUCUUCUACUCCUUCCACGGUCUGGCCCACGGCUGGCCACCUGCCCCCAUCUUCUUUGUCACACCCUUGGUGGUGGGAGUCACCAUGAUGCUGGCCACCCUGCUGAUCCAGUACGAGCGGCUGCGGGGGGUGCAGUCCUCAGGGGUUCUCAUCAUCUUCUGGUUCCUGUGUGUGCUCUGUGCCAUCAUCCCCUUCCGUUCCAAGAUUCUUUUGGCCAUGGCAGAGGGCCGGGUCUCAGAUCCCUUCCGCUUCACCACUUUCUACAUCUACUUCGCCCUGGUCCUCUCGGCCCUCAUCCUGUCCUGCUUCAGAGAGAAGCCGCCACUUUUCUCCCCAAAGAACGUUGAUCCUAACCCCUGCCCAGAGGCCAGUGCCGGCUUCCUGUCCCGCCUGACUUUCUGGUGGUUCACAGGAAUGGCCAUCCUGGGCUACCGGCGCCCCUUGAAGGGCGAGGACUUGUGGUCCUUGAAAGAGGAGGACUGCUCCCAGGUGGUGACAGAGCAGCUGCUGGAGGCAUGGAAAAAGCAGCAGAAGCAGGCGGAACGGCACAAGGCUUUGACAGCUUUCGGGAAGAAGGGCUCUGGUGAGGACGAGGUACUGCUGGCCGGUCAUGCCCCAUCUCAGAAGCCCUCCUUCCUGAAGGCCAUGGUGGUCACCUUCGGCCCCAGAUACCUCAUCGGUUCCUGCUUCAAGCUGAUCCAGGAUCUGCUCAACUUCGUCAACCCACAGCUGCUCAGCAUUUUGAUCAAGUUUAUUUCAAACCCCUCAGCUCCCAGCUGGUGGGGCUUCCUGGUGGCAGGGCUGAUGUUUGUGUGUGACAUGAUGCAGACUGUGGUCCUGAACCAGCAUUACUACAACAUCUUCGUGGGGGCGCUGAGGCUGCGGACAGCGAUCAUAGGUGUCAUCUAUAAGAAGGCUCUGGUCAUCACCAAUUCAGUUAAGCGUGAGUCCACAGUGGGAGAAAUUGUCAACCUUAUGUCAGUGGAUGCCCAGCGCUUCAUGGACGUUGCCCCCUUCCUCAACCUGUUAUGGUCAGCACCCCUGCAGAUCAUCCUGGCCAUCUACUUCCUCUGGCAGAACCUGGGUCCCUCCGUCCUGGCUGGCGUUGGUCUAUUGGUCUUACUGAUUCCAUUUAAUGGAGCUGUGGCCAUGAAAAUGCGGGCCUUCCAGGUGGAGCAAAUGAAGCUCAAGGACUCUCGAAUCAAGUUGAUGAGCGAGAUCCUGGGCGGCAUCAAGGUGCUGAAGCUGUAUGCCUGGGAGCCCAGCUUCCUGAAGCAGGUGGAGAACAUCAGGAAGAAUGAGCUUCGGCUCCUGCGGAAGGCCACCUUCCUGCACGCCGUGUCAGUCUUCAUCUUGAUCUGCACCCCUUUCCUGGUGACCCUGAUAACCCUCGGAGUGUAUGUGUUAGUGGACAAGAACAACGUGCUCGAUGCUGAGAAAGCCUUUGUGUCCUUGACCUUGUUCAAUAUCUUAAAGUUACCCCUCAAUAUGCUGCCCCAGCUCAUCAGCAACAUGGUCCAGACCAGCGUGUCUCUGAAACGGAUCCAGCAUUUCCUGAGCCAAGAUGAACUUGACCCUGACUGUGUGGAAAGAAAGGUCAUCUCCCCAGGCUAUGCCAUCACCGUAAACAGUGGCACCUUCACCUGGGCCCAGGAUCUGCCUCCUGUCCUGCACAGCCUAGACAUCCAGGUGCCAAAAGGGGCACUGGUGGCCGUGGUGGGACCUGUAGGCUGUGGGAAGUCCUCCCUCGUGUCUGCCCUGCUUGGAGAGAUGGAAAAGCUGGAAGGCAAGGUGUAUGUGAAGGGCUCCGUGGCUUACGUACCCCAGCAGGCGUGGAUCCAGAAUGCCACUCUUCAAGAAAACGUGCUGUUUGGCAGAACCCUAGACCCCAAGCGCUACCAAAAGGCCCUGGAGGCCUGUGCCCUGCUAACUGACCUGGAGGUGCUUCCUGGUGGGGACCAGACAGAGAUUGGAGAGAAGGGUAUCAACCUGUCUGGGGGCCAGCGGCAGCGCAUCAGCCUGGCCCGAGCUGUGUACAGUGAUGCGGACAUUUUUUUGCUGGAUGACCCCUUGUCAGCGGUGGACUCCCAUGUAGCCAAGCAUAUCUUCGACCACGUCAUCGGGCCAGAAGGUGUGCUGGCCCACAAGACUCGAGUGCUGGUGACACAUGGAAUCAGCUUCCUGCCCCAGAUGGACUUCAUUAUUGUACUGGACAAUGGACAGGUGUCUGAAGCUGGCUCUUAUCCAACUCUGAUGAAGCACAACGGCUGCUUUGCUGACUUUAUCCGCAACUAUGCGCCUGACGAGGUGGAGGAGCAUCUAGAGCCUGGCAGAGCUGCUUUGGGGGAUGUGGAUGAAGAAGAUGUGCUGCUGCUUGAUGACACACUCAGUAACCACACUGACCUCACGGACACUGAGCCCCUCAUAUAUGAGGUCCGGAAACAGUUUAUAAGACAGCUCAGCACCAUGUCCUCUGAAGGGGAAAGCCCAGGGUGGUCUGUGUCCCGGCGGCAUCUGGGCCCAGCAGACAAAGCUGUGCAGGUGGUAGAAGCGAAGGCCAAUGGGGUGCUGAUCCAGGAAGAGAAGGAAGAGACCGGCUCCGUGAAGAUGAAUGUGUUCUGGGAUUACGCUAAGGCCAUAGGAAUUGGUACCAUGCUGUUCAUCUGCCUCCUACACGUGGGUCAAAGUGCAGCCACCAUUGGGGCUAACGUAUGGCUCAGUGCCUGGGCCAAUGAUGCCACGAUGGAUGAGCCCCAGAACACCACCACCCUGAGGCUGGGUGUCUAUGCUGGUUUGGGAAUGUUGCAAGGGCUUCUGGUGAUGGUGUCGGCCUUCAUGAUGGCGAUGGGCGGUGUCCAGGCUGCCAGAUCGCUACACCAGACGCUACUGCACAACAAGAUGCGCUCGCCACAGUCCUUCUUUGACACGACGCCCUCCGGUCGCAUCCUCAACCGCUUCUCCAAGGACAUCUACGUCAUCGAUGAAGUCCUGGCCCCUGUCAUCCAAAUGCUGCUCGAUGGCUUCUUCAACUCUGUCUCCACCGUCGUGGUCAUCCUAACCAGCACACCUCUCUUUGCUGUGGUCAUCGUGCCGCUGGCCGCGCUUUAUACCUAUGUGCAGCGCUUCUAUGUGGCCACCUCAAGACAACUGAAACGGCUAGAAUCAGUCAGCCGCUCACCCAUUUACUCCCACUUUUCUGAGACGGUGGCUGGUGCCAGUGUCAUUCGGGCCUAUGGCCGAAUCCAGGACUUCAUAACUGUCAGUGGUGCUAAGGUGGACAUCAACCAGAAGAGCUGCUACGCCUACAUCAUCUCCAACCGGUGGCUGGGGAUCCGAGUGGAAUUUGUGGGCAACUGUGUUGUGCUGUUUGCUGCUUUCUUUGCUGUGAUUGGGAGGAGCAGCCUGAGCCCUGGACUGGUGGGACUUUCUGUGUCCUACGCCCUGCAGGUGACAUUUGCUCUGAACUGGAUGGUACGAAUGAUGUCAGACUUGGAGUCUAACAUUGUGGCUGUGGAGAGAGUCAAGGAGUACUCUAAGACGGAGACUGAAGCUCCCUGGGUGAUAGAGGGCAGCCGCCCCCCACAGGGCUGGCCCUCACGUGGUGAGGUGGAAUUCCGGAAUUACGCGGUGCGCUACCGGCAAGGCCUGGACCUGGUGCUGAAGGACCUGAGUUUGUGCGUGCGGGGUGGUGAGAAGGUGGGGAUUGUGGGGCGCACAGGGGCCGGCAAAUCAUCCAUGACACUCUGCCUGUUCCGUAUCCUGGAGGCGGCCACUGGGGAGAUCCGCAUUGACGGCCUCAAUGUGGCGGACAUUGGGCUUCACGACCUGCGUUCUCAGCUGACCAUCAUCCCUCAGGACCCCAUCCUGUUCUCAGGGACCCUGCGGAUGAACCUGGACCCCUUCAGCAAUUACUCAGAUGAAGACUUGUGGCAGGCCCUGGAGCUGGCCCAUCUGAGCACGUUUGUGAGCUCCCAGCCAGAAGGCCUGGACUUCCCCUGCUCAGAGGGCGGGGAGAAUCUCAGUGUUGGCCAGCGGCAGCUUGUGUGCCUGGCCCGAGCCCUGCUCCGCAAAAGCCGAAUCCUCGUUUUAGACGAAGCCACGGCCGCCAUUGAUCUGGAGACCGAUGACCUCAUCCAGGCCACCAUCCGCACUCAGUUUGAGGCCUGUACCGUGCUGACCAUCGCUCACAGGCUCAACACCAUCAUGGACUACACCAGGGUCCUGGUUCUGGACAAGGGAACAAUAGCUGAAUUUGAUUCUCCAGCCAACCUAAUUGCAGCAAGAGGCAUCUUCUAUGGGAUGGCGAAAGAUGCUGGACUGGCCUAA